AUGGAAACUGCAAUGUCCAAGCGUCUUCAAGGCAAGACUAUCCUCAUCACCGGCGCAUCAUCUGGUAUAGGGCGCUCUACGGCCUUUGAAUUUGCACGGACCUGUCCGCAAGGGAUCAAUUUGGUAUUGACGGCCCGUCGUAUUGAUCGUCUCGAGGAGAUCGCAUCCGACAUUAGGAAGGAAUUGGGUUUGGCAGUCAAAGUCCUUCCGGUGCAGCUCGACAUCAGCAACGCCGAGGAGGUGAAAUCAUUCGUGCACAAACUGCCUGCGGGGUAUAAAGAAGUGGAUGUGUUGGUAAACAAUGCUGGCUUGGUCAGAGGCGUUGCAAAAGCGCCUGAUAUUGCGGAAGAAGACAUCGAUAUCAUGUUCAAGACGAACGUUACGGGUCUCAUCAAUAUGACCCAAGCAAUUUUACCGAUGAUGCUGAGACGUAAUGAUGGCGAAGGCGCAGGAGACAUCGUCAACAUCGGGUCUAUUGCCGGGCGUGAGCCAUACGUGGGGGGUGGGAUAUACUGCGCGACUAAAGCGGCUGUCCGAUCCUUUACGGAAAGCCUACGCAAAGAACUGAUUUCCAAAAGAAUCCGGGUUAUUGGGAUAGAUCCCGGUCAGGUCGAGACUGAGUUCUCAGUAGUAAGGUUCUAUGGUGACAAGAGCAAGGCCGACGCUGUCUAUGCGGGAUGUGAACCGUUGACACCCGAUGACGUUGCGGAGGCGAUUGUAUUUGCUACUGGGAGGAGGGAGAACGUUGUUAUUGCAGACACACUUCUCUUCCCAAAUCACCAGGCCAGUGCCACAAUUAUGCAUCGGAAGGGUGUGUAG